GCAAGCAAAUGUACUUACCGGCACUCGGAUUCGCGAGCUAAGAAAGAAAGAGAUACGGCUCUGCGACGGACACAACAGUGAAUCGGAAUGUUCUCCAGUUUCCACUCUCCAGUGGGCAGCGCUAGUGAGAGGCAACAGCAACCAGCGGCAACCAGCACAACACACGAUCACGAUGCAACGGCUCCUUUUAGUUUGGAUUGGCACGCUAGCUUUGGGAGCAGCUUUGCCCCAGAGGCCCCCUUACCAGCCUGGCCCGUGGGUGUACCCGUUGCCAACUUCAGAGCCCCCGUUACCAGCAGUACCCUCACCAACGAAGGAGUCGACGGUGUCCAAUGUCAUCCCGCAGAAUCUGAAACCUGUUGCGGCGGUUGCUGCUGUUGAGCUGGAAGCAGCUGCAGUCGCUUCGCAGGAGACCACCCUGAAGCCAGCAGCGGAGAAAGAGAGAGAAGAAAAUCUCGACGAGGACCCGCAGCAGCAGCAGCAGGGCCAGGUGACACCGGAAGUAGCGCCGGCGACGACCAUGGGCGCGCCUGAAAUCAACAGCAGCCAGCGAUACGAUAUUCUGGGGGUGGCCAUAGCACCCGCUGUAAUCGAUAGGACCAAGUUCAGGCCUAUCAAAGACAUGAUGUACUGGUGAAAAACGAACUUUUCUGUGUGUGUCUCUAUUUAUUCAAUAAAUUUCAACAAAUUCUAACUCGUA